AUGGUUCGCUCGCGUGUGCUAUCGUUCAUAACGGCCUUCGGCUCGAAGGGCGACUCGAACACAAAACCCCGAGAGGCAGAGUCCUUCUCAAACUCGGAUUCAAGCAGUCGAUCGAAACUCAACAAAUCACAUACCACCCCUCCCACUGAAUCCCCUCCGAAUGGCUUCAACACCGCGAAAACAUGGACGGCUCCGGAUCGUUCAAGUCUUGCGCGCCCAGCGUCGAUGGUGUUUACGUAUCAACCUCCGCGGACAGAAAUUGCACAAGACACAUUACCGGAGUUGCUACCCAUAUUCACUUUUAUGAACAGCCACUCAAACAAGAUGUACCAGGAAGGGUACUUUCUCAAGCUGAACGAUUUGGACACUCAGGGCCGUCCCUGUGCAGAUCGAAGAUGGGUUGAAUGUUUUGCAGUGCUUACGGGAACCGUGCUGUCGAUCUGGGAUGCUGCUGCGCUGGACGCAGCAGGAAAUCAGGAUAUUACACCUACUUUCAUUAAUCUAACGGAUGCCUCAAUCAAAAUGCUUGAGACGCUUCCAACAUACGACAAAAAUGCCAAACCAUUGCAGAAUAUCUUGAGUGUUUCAACAGCCGGCAGAAAUCGCUACCUGUUUCACUUCAACUCAUUUAAUUCGCUUACUCAAUGGACUGCCGGUAUUCGACUUGCUCUUUUCGAGCAAACAUCCCUACUCGAGGCCUAUACAGGCUCCAUCAUCGCCGGCAAAGGCAGACAGUUGAACAACAUUCGAAUGAUCAUGGAGCGCUCCCGCUACAAGUACGAAGACUGGGCACGUGUCAGAUUUGGUGCUGGCACACCAUGGCGCCGUUGCUGGUUUGUGAUAACACCACCAAGUGAAAAAGACAUUCAGAGGUUGAAUAAGUCUGGAAAAAAGCGGUCUGCAUACGAUCGUACCACGCCAAUCGUCACCGGAACCAUCACGUUUUACGACACGAAGAAGACAAAGAAGGCACAACCAAUUGCAACCAUCACUGAUGCAUAUGCAGCCUUUGCCAUAUAUCCUCAGUCAACGGCGCUAAUUGACCAGUCGACGUUGGUCAAAAUAGAGGGCAACAUCACUUUCCAUUCGCCAGCGCAGUCCAGUUCAGAAGGAUUCAUUUUCAUCAUGCCAGAGCUUCACCCAGCCGUAUCCGGUCUCGAAAUCAUGUUACGGUUUCUUUUCCCUGUGUUCGACACAUUUGGUCUAUAUGGACGACCGACUCGACUUAUUGCAGAUACGAAUAAUGUGAAGAGUUUGAUGUUCGCUUUCCCUAAACAACAACCAUAUGGCUACCUGGAUGUGCUUGAUGUGGUAAAUUUGAUUAACAAAUCCGGGAGUCAAGGUUGGUCCGAAAAGGAGUGGAGGAGGCAACUUAGGGAAGCAACCGGGCAGCGCAUAUCAACUGCCAACAGUCCCGCGAGUAGCAUCAGCGGUGGUCGGCCGCGUCAACGAGGAAGCAUCCUUGGUCGCCAUGGAAAGACUCGAUUCAGAGAACCGACUUCUCCUCUGUCUCCCGGCUUCAAUCAAUCUGCGGAGGCUAUUAUCGAAACGCCCACAUCUACUACUGUAUCCCCAGCGGAGUCCGGGCCAUCGUAUGGACAUUAUCGAGCAGUAUCGGACACAAGCGCUUUCCUUCCCAUGGGUUCUACUGGCAGAUCGUCAUUCACUCCUUCGCGUCUGUCUAUUCAAGAUACACCACCUGAGCCUCCCAUGCACAUCGUUGAUCCGGCUGCUGCGAAUCGCCCACCAACUCGCCAGUCCGAUGGAAGUGGCUCUGAUGGUGAUGCACAGCUACAUGCUAUCCCUCCAGCGGAGAACCUUGCUCAAGAAUUUCGACCCAAUGUUUCUCCAGAACCCGUGGCUGUUCCACCAGCCUUUUCACAUCAACCCGGUGCAGUUCCCUUUAGCCGGCCCCAAGCUUCGAGCGAAUUGCGACGGGCCAAUAGUCGCAUGUCUAGUUCAACUCUAGCCCAACUGGCCGAAGUGGGUAAACUACGUGGUGUGACAACAAAUACUGUCUCGAACAUCCAGGAGAGUCCCUAUUCAGAUGAGCGUUACGAUAGUGAUUCGCCAGUUCAUAUGGGUGAACGUUCUUCAUAUGGUGCAAACGUGUAUACUAUUCAAGAACAAGCGCCGGCUGUGCCAAUUCAUGCAACGACAAGUAAUAGCCACGUUCAGCAAUUGCCGCAGCGGGCUGCCCAGGAAACGCCAAACCUACACAUUGACACCUUGCAGUCUGUUAAGCGCAAACCGCUUCCUUCUCAGCCUGUCAUUUCUUCUGACAUAGACUCCGCUCAGGAACCAGCAUCUGCGUUAACCGACCCCAGCUUCAGAGAUUUACAACAUACAGUUGACGAGGCCGCUUUGAGUAGGGUAUUGCCGAUGCAGCCAUCAUUUGCACGUGAGAGGACUAUGGCUCAACUACCUCAACUCUCUCGGGUUGAUACUGGAAGUGUGUAUGAUGAUGAUAGCUCAACGACUCCUGACUACGCAAGUCGCAAGUCGACAGAUACGAAGCGCUCAGAAGUCUCAAUUCCUCGUCCCCGAAUGGGCGUCUUGAAAACGGUGGGAGGUUCCAGCACGGACAAGCAGGAAGUCACUAUUGGAGAUGCACACUACUUCGCCAAUCAGGAGGCACCCAAGGAAAACCCUGAUAUCCCGUCGAUCGACUUCGGACCAACCAUGGCGCACAACCUGCACACACGACGUCCUAGUAUGUCUGACGUGCUGAACAACUUCGGAUCUGGUUCCCCGUCACCAACUCGUCGUGAUGGCCAAGAGCAUGGUCAUGCCCGUAAACCAUCACGAUCUCCUGCUGGUGAAGAGAAGCGCAGGAGCGUUGUUUGGCAGCCUGGUCUAGCUAAUUAUCGCCCAGAAUCCCCUGCGAAUCGCACUGUCACGCCUGAGCAAUUUGUCCAUCAUCGGUCCACCUCUAAUUCUCAUCCUCUAGAUUUCUCUGUUGGUAGCCCAGCUGCUAGACCAAGAUCAGGAGACUGGACACUUGGCGCAUCCCAACCGGUUUACGGCCGAGAGUUGCCCCCUCGACCACACUCCCGAGGCUCGACUAUGCUUUUGAAUCAGAACGAGAUGCCCAUACGACCACACUCGCGGAAUUCGACAAUGAUUCUGAAUCAGAAUGAAAUGCCUGUCCGGCCUCAUUCUCGAAACUCGACGAUGCUGUUGAACCAAAAUGAGAUGCCGCCUCGUCCGAAUUCUCGUGGAUCGAAUGCAAUCCUGAACCAAAGCGAUAUUUCGUCGCAUUUGUCAGCUAGAGAACAAGAACACGUCGCUCGCAUGACCGGGUCAUCAUUCUUCAACCUGUCAAAUAGUAACGCGAAGCCCGCCGUUAGCCCCGGUGGUCUCAUUGGAGCCAUUGACGCUCGCGAACGCGAAAGAAGAUACAUGAAGGAGGGCCUCAGUAAUCAAAUGGUUCAGCAGGCAAUUGCACAGCGUCAACAACAACAGAUGUACGAAACACAAAUGCAGUACCCGCAAGCACAACAGAUGCAGCAUCCACAAGUUGGCAGUAUCUACAACAUGCCCGGUGCAAGCUACACGUGGGAUGCUCUGAAUCAGAGUACAUACAAUCAGCCGCAGAUGACUCCCCGUCCGGCUACUAGUUCGGAUUGGCAUGCCUGGAAUGGCCAUGUAGGAUCUCAAACACCACCACCUGCACCGCAACAUUCGAAUCAUUACUUUCAUCAGCAGCAGUAUCAGAACUACUGA